CCAACAAAAAUGUUCCGGCUAAAUAAAAAAAACAAUAACAAAUAAUCGAUGUAAUAUUGACAACCCAAAAUAAUAAUAAUAAUAAUAAUAAUAAUAAUAGUAACAACAACCGACAACAAUCAAUAUCAAAUUUAUAUCAAAUUCUGAAAAGUCUGAAAUUAUGAAUAAAUUGGAUUAUCCACGUCGCAAUGGUACACACAAAGUUCGCAUAACGAUAUUGUGUGCUAGAAACUUGGCCCGCAAGGAUUUAUUUCGCUUGCCCGAUCCAUUUGCCAAAGUUCAAGUGGACGGCACUGGCCAAGUGUAUUCAACGGAGAUUAGUAAAUCUUCAUUAGAUCCCAAAUGGAAUGCACACUACGAUUUGUUUUUGGGUCGUGGCGAUGCCAUCACAAUAACCGUAUGGAAUCAACGUAAAAUUCACAAAGGAAGCGGUUUCCUUGGAUGUGUUAGGAUACCAGCGGUGACCAUUCAAAGUCUAAAGGGAGCAGGAUUUCAACGUUUGGAUUUGGGAAAACUGUCGGCGGAUGAUGAUGAGCUGGUGCGAGGACAGAUCAUUAUAUCGUUAUUGCCAAAAGAUGGACCAUGCAGUGGCAAUCCCUUGGCGAUAGUUGGACCAAGCGGGGAUGUAAGGGGACCCUCUGAAGACGAUUCAUCGGAGGAUAAUAAUCUGCCUGAGGGUUGGGAGGAGCGGCGAACGGACAAUGGUCGCUUCUAUUAUGUGAAUCAUGCCACCAAAUCGACGCAGUGGGAUCGCCCGAGGCGAACGACAUCACCGCAACAGCGUAAUGGCAACAAUGAUAGACUGCCACCGGCUGGACCAACGAGAUCAACCACCUGCACAAACCUGUUGAAUGGCCACGGUGGUUACGGUGGUGCUGGUAAUCGGAAUCGGGAGACAACAGCUGCCACGGAUGAGCGGCGACAUUCCACGGAAAUACUGUCGAGUGUGGGCAAAGAGAAUACCAGCCCGUCAUCCACAGCGGCGGCAACUCCUGGAAAGAAACCUUCCGCAAAUAGUCGCAGCACCUUGGAACCACGUCCCAGCAAUGAACCAGCACUGACCAUUAGCGCCAGCAAUGCCACCAAUAACACUAGCACCACCAAUACCACGAGCAGUAGUCGAUUGCACAAUAAUGACAAUCAUGUGAAAACGCCAAAGCACCAGGGAAUAAAUGGUCAUGGAGCCGGUGGUGAGGCCAUCUCGCCCACAGGCCAGCAGAACUAUGUGAAUGGAAAUGGCAACCAGAGUGGUCAGGCGGCACAGCCGCAAAGUGCAAGUAAUGGUUGGGCGCAGGAUGAGAGCACCACGACAACGAUAACAACAACAGCUGGGAACACACCAACAGCGGCUCCUCCAUCAUCAAUAGCAGCAGCAGCAACAACAACAACAACAACCACAACGCCAACAACGACGCCACCGAGGCACACACAAAGUCAAAGUCCAACAGCAACAAAUGAACGUUCUCCUCCGCCAGCUGGACCAGGAACGCCGACAACAACAACAAAUCGAAAUGUCCAUAGUCCCAAUGCCAAUAGCAGUAGCAGUAGCCAGACUGCAGGCAGAUCCACGACUACUACUGCUGCUCCACCCCCCGCGUCGGCUGUGGUUAUUGGUCAGCGUUCGCAGAGACGGAGUUCCCGGCAAGCUGGUGAGGAUGCAUCAUCGACAAGACGACGGUCGUCACGCGGCACCAGGGGCAAUGGCAACGGCGGAAGCAGUACUGGUGGUGGAUCGGGUCAAAGAUAUGCCUCCUCGGCAGCCAUUGCAGCUGCCAAUCAGGCAACUCGUCCAUUUCUGGACUUGCCGCCAGGCUAUGAAAUGCGAACAACGCAACAGGGACAAGUGUAUUUCUAUCACAUACCCACUGGUGUCUCCACAUGGCAUGAUCCGAGAAUUCCACGUGAUUUCGAUACGCAGCAUCUGCCGUUGGACGCAAUUGGUCCGCUGCCAAGUGGCUGGGAGCAGAGGAAAACUGCCUCGGGGCGAGUGUAUUUUGUGGAUCAUAACAAUCGGACCACACAAUUCACAGAUCCGCGUCUGAGUGGCAGCAUAUUGCAAAGAAUACGACGAGGAGGAACAAUACCCCCGUCAUCAGCAACAGCAGCAGCCCCACCACCAGGAGCACCAACUCCAGCGCCGACACCAGCCACACCCGCAGCAACUCCAACGCAGCCGACUGCAGCCGUGACACCCAUAGCAACAACAGCAAUGACGACGACAAUCAUGUCCACACCAACGCCCCAUCGUAUUGUUCCUGAUCUACCACAGGGCCUGCUCGAGGGCGCUGAUCUCCUGCCAAAGUAUCGUAGAGAUUUGGUUGGUAAAUUACGCGCCCUACGCACCGAACUGCAGACAAUGCAGCCCCAGUCGGGCCACUGUCGACUGGAGGUAUCACGCAACGAGAUCUUUGAGGAGAGCUACAGACUGAUUAUGAAAAUGCGGGCCAAGGAUAUGCGCAAGCGAUUGAUGGUUAAAUUCAAGGGCGAGGAGGGUCUCGAUUAUGGCGGAGUGGCACGUGAAUGGUUGCAUCUACUAUCGCGCGAGAUGCUAAAUCCACAAUAUGGCUUGUUCCAGUACAGUCGCGACGAUCACUAUACGCUUCAGAUAAAUCCCGACUCUGGUGUCAAUCCGGAUCAUCUCUCUUAUUUUCAUUUCGUUGGACGCACUCUCGGCAUAGCUGUGUUCCAUGGCCAUUGUCUGGAUGGUGGUUUUACCACACCCUUUUAUAAACAGCUUCUCAAUAAACCCAUUACCUUGGGUGACAUUGAGGGUGUCGAUCCGGAACUGCAUCGCAGUCUCACUUGGAUGCUGGAGAGCAAUAUCAGUGGAAUAAUUGAGUCCACAUUUAGUGUAGAGAACAAUAGCUUUGGAGCACUGGUGGUGCAUGAACUGAAACCGGGUGGUGCGACCGUACCCGUCACAGAGGAGAAUAAGCGAGAGUAUGUGAAACUCUAUGUAAACUAUCGUUUUAUGCGCGGCAUUGAGCAACAGUUUCUAGCAUUGCAAAAAGGUUUCUGUGAGCUUAUACCCAGCCAUUUGUUGCGGCCGUUCGAUGAGCGUGAACUGGAAUUGGUCAUUGGCGGCAUCUCAAGCAUUGAUGUCAACGAUUGGCGAAACAAUACGAGACUGAAGCACUGUACGAACGAAACGACACAGGUGUUGUGGUUCUGGCAGGUGGUUGAGUCCUACAGUUCUGAGAUGAGGGCACGUUUAUUGCAAUUUGUGACUGGAUCAUCGCGUGUACCUUUGCAAGGAUUUCGAGCAUUGCAGGGUUCAACGGGUGCAGUGGGACCACGAUUAUUUACCAUACAUCUAACAGCAGAUGUGCCGACACAAAAUUUGCCCAAAGCACAUACAUGUUUCAAUCGGAUCGACUUACCGCCCUAUGAGACCUAUCAAUUACUCUGUGACAAGCUAACCCAGGCCGUCGAGGAGACUUGUGGCUUUGCUGUUGAAUAGAGAACUACCUAAGCCACAUAUGUGCAUAUGUAUGUAUAUGCAUACACACACACACACACACACACGCUC